CUUUUCUCAUGUUUUCUCAAUACGCAAAAGACUUUUUGAAUAGAAAUAGAGAGUCUAUUCCAUCCGUUUCGUCUCAAGAACCGGGGGUAUCAUUGUUUUAUUCGGUUCCUACAUUACCAGCAGAGGCCGAGAUUCGCGAAUCUAUUUCGUUACAAACCUCGCGAGUGCAUUACAGUCAAUAUGACGACGACGAUGAGUAUCAAGAUCAAGGAUCUGAGCCUGAUGCAGCAUUCUUAACAACAGUUCCAUUAACAACUCACCAAACCACACAGACUGCGGCAGAGAUCUAUCGUGACAUUCCUUCCGCGAUCGCAACUAGAAUUUCCAACAAUACUAUGUCCGAGGGACUACUUCCUUCGUCUUCAAUACCACCACCUCUGUUAUCAGGCCUUUCACAUCGAAAAUUUAAAGAUCCAGUUUUUGCUGUUUUAUUUAUUAUUGGGUUGAUAACAAUGACCAUAACAGGCAUCGCCUUAUUAUUCACGACUAGUGUAAGUUGUAAUUCUUUCAAAGAAAUGUUUUUUCUCUAUGGAUUAACAGAUAAUUCCUAA